UUUUGGAAACCGGGUUUAUGCCGUCUCCGAGAUAUGCGUUACUCUCAGCACCCGUGGGGCCUCGAGAAAAUUUGGCCCAAAAAAAAAAAAUCAAGGCUAUGAUCUCUCUCGCUCUUGGCUAUAUAUGUAGGCGUGCCAACCAGCCGGUUUGCUCCAACUUUGUUUUGAAAAGUAGUCUGAGAGAGUGAUCAUUGGAGGGGUAUCUGAGGAAGAGUGAGGUGGAGGUGAUGGCAAGCACUGUUGGUCAGGUCAUCAAAUGCAGAGCGGCGGUGGCAUGGGAGGCCGGGAAGCCGCUGGUGAUCGAGGAGGUGGAGGUUGCGCCGCCGCAGGCGAUGGAGGUCCGGAUGAAGAUCCUUUAUACUUCCCUUUGCCACACUGAUGUCUACUUCUGGGAAGCCAAGGGUCAGACUCCUGUCUUUCCUAGGAUCUUUGGCCAUGAAGCUGGAGGGAUUGUGGAGAGUGUUGGGGAGGGUGUGACUGAGCUUGCACCAGGAGACCAUGUCCUCCCUAUAUUCACUGGAGAAUGCAAAGAGUGUCCUCAUUGUAAAUCGGAGGAGAGCAACAUGUGUGAUCUCCUCAGGAUAAACACAGACCGUGGAGUGAUGAUCCAUGAUGGGAAAUCGAGGUUCAGUAUCAAAGGAAAGCCUGUUUACCAUUUCUUAGGAACAUCAACUUUCUGCGAGUACACUGUUGUCCAUGUUGGCUGCGUUGCCAAGAUUAACCCCUUGGCUCCCCUUGAUAAAGUUUGUGUUAUUAGCUGUGGCGUUUCAACAGGGUACGGUGCGGCAGUUAACGUCGCAAAACCACCAAAGGGAUCGUCAGUGGCUGUUUUUGGUUUGGGAGCUGUAGGUCUUGCUGCUGCAGAAGGGGCUAGAGCUUCAGGAGCAUCAAGGAUCAUUGGUGUUGAUGUCAACCCCAGCAGGUUUGAGGCAGCAAAGAAGUUCGGUUGCACGGAGUUUGUGAAUCCACUGGAGCAUGAAAAACCAGUCCAAGAGGUGAUUGCUGGAAUGACUAAUGGUGGUGUUGAUCGAAGCGUUGAAUGCACUGGCAACGUAAAUGCCAUGAUAUCUGCAUUCGAAUGUGUUCAUGAUGGUUGGGGUGUUGCUGUACUUGUUGGGGUGCCUCACAAAGAAGCUGAGUUCAAAACACACCCUCUGAACUUCCUCAAUGAGAGGACUCUUAAGGGAACCUUCUAUGGCAACUAUAAACCGCGCUCUGACAUUCCUUCAGUUGUUGAGAAGUAUAUGAACAAGGAGCUAGAAUUGGAGAAGUUCAUCACCCACAGUUUACCUUUCUCCGAGAUCAACAAGGCCUUCGAUUACAUGCUCAAGGGGGAAAGCCUUCGGUGCAUCAUUCACAUGGAUGGUUAGAGCAGGUUUACACCUUGGUAAAGCCACUCUGGAGAGAGACUCGUUACAAAAUAAAGCAUUUCCUGUGCCAUGUGAAUCUUAGCCUUUGUGUUUAUAAUAAAAUAGGAAACUGAGCUUGACUGUGAGAUGAGCUGUGUCCUCAUCUUUUCUGCUAGAUGAAUAAAAUUUGCGUUACAUAUUCCCUGUCUGUACUUCGCUUGUCUUUUUUUUCUAUGUGAUGUGCGCUUCUUCUCGAGAUUAUGAGAAGUCAGA